AUGGAGACAAAGGUGAAUUAUUGGCAACAGAUAAGACAGGCGGCAGACAAAGCAUCAGCAGUAACGUCGGCCCUAAGCAGGCUUAUGGCUAAUGUAAAUGGGCCAAGACCAUGCAAAAGACGACUGCUAAUGUCAGUGGCCCAGUCCAUUAUGCUUUACGGAGCAGAGAUAUGGGUGGACGCACUUAAAAAGAAGACCUACCGGAGACGGCUGGCAGCGGUUCAGCAAAAGGGAGCUUUAAGAAUCGCGUUCUCGUAUCGUGCGUUAUCAGAACCGGCGAUAAUAGUGAUCGCAGGCGUGUUGCCGAUUGAUUUGAUGGCACAGGAGAAAAAGCUGGUAUUCGAAAGAACACCAGAAGUGGGCAAGCACAUAGCUAAAGCGGAAGCCAGAGCGCUUUCUUUAGAAAAAUAG